AGAAAAACCAAACCUGUUUUCUUUGUUUCCCAAGUGGCAUAGGCCAAUAGGGCAGGGCACCGUCUCACCACACAAAAUUUGCAAACAAAACUUCAUAACAAUGAGGAAUCAAAUUUCAUCAGCUCUUGUAUUCAUAGCAGUUGUUCUCUUCCAAUGCACGGACAUCCUAGCUCAACCGGCUGCCGCCCCAGCACCAGCUGGUCCAACCAACAUCACCAAAAUCCUCGAAAAGGCCGGUCAAUUCACUACAUUAAUCCGGCUUAUGAGAAUCACCCAAAUCAGCGAUCAGAUCAAUGGCCAACUCAACGAUACAAAUAAUGGACUGACCAUUUUUGCUCCAGCCGAUAACGCCUUCUCAAGUCUUAAAUCCGGCACCCUCAACUCCUUAACCGAUCAACAGAAAGUCCAGCUUAUCCAAUUUCACAUUAUACCCUCAUUUAUCUCGGCGACACAGUUCCAAACUAUUAGCAAUCCAGUAAGGACUCAAGCCGGAGACAGCUCGGCCCGAUUCCCAUUAAACGUGACCACCUCCGGCAACCAAGUGAACGUGUCGACUGGGGUUGAUGAUGCCACGGUGGCCAACACAAUCUAUACGGACAACCAACUUGCUGUUUAUCAAGUGGAUAAAGUGCUUCUGCCCUUGAGCUUAUUUGGUGCUCCGGCACCGGCAUUGGCCCCAGCUCCGACAUCUGGAGAGGAUAAGAAGAAGAAGUCAGCGGCUGAUACUCCCACGUCAGGCGAUGAUACGCCGUCGUCCGAUGCAAGUGGGCUUCGCGUGCAUGGCAUGGCCGUUUGUUUUGGAGCUGCGAUUUUCGCUACAGUUUGGUUGUGACGAGUUAAAAGUGGACGGUGGUGAUUGAAUCAGGUGGGGAGUGCUGAUGUGGGGUCCGUGUUUUAAGGCAUUCCAUGAUUUUGCUGAGUCCUAUUCGACGGUCGAGAUUGAAAAAAAAAAAAGAAAGAAAAAAGAAACUUGAUGUGUCUUUUUAAUAAUUGCAUUGAAUAUGGUCGCAUUUGCUAUUUGGAGUUCUGAACUUAACGUAGCACAUUAAAUCAUUCAAUUUUUGGAUUAUGUUUAGGGUCUUUCACACUUUUUGUUCCUUUUCUUUUUUCACUUUUUUUUUUUUCAUUUUCUUCCAGCUUGUGUAUCUUGAGACUAUGUACCAUGCAUUAUACAGCAAAAAUUUGUGUUUUUA